AAAACAAUAAUUAUUUUUCAAUUUUAUCAAUUCCUUUAUCGCGACAUAUUUACUUUACUUGAAAAAAUUGACAAUUUUUCAGAUUUAAAGGCUUUCGAAAGAAGAUUGACAGAGGUUAUAAACUGCCUUCAACCUCCAACGAUAAGAUGGAGAGUUGUUCUGUUAGUUGUUAGUAUCUGCACUGCUGUAGGAGCUUGGUACUGGCUAACAGAUCCAGCACUGUCAAGCAUAUCAUUUCCUCAAUCUUUAUGGAGUCAUUUAUUUUUUACAGUAUCAAGUUCAACAUUAGUUUUAUUAUUUUUAUUCGGAAUUCAUAAAAGAGUCAUGGCGCCAUCGAUAAUUGCCAGCAGAACUAGAGUUGUUUUAAGCGAUUUCAACAUGUCUUGCGAUGAAACUGGAAAAUUAAUAUUAAAACCUAGACCAACAGUUACAUGA